GGUGAAGCGUGAAGGGUGAAGGGCUGUGUUGGAGAGGAAGCAACAGAAGAUGAGUACGGUUGAUAAGAUGUUGAUAAAAGGAAUCCGGAGCUUCGACCCGGAGAAUAAGAACGUGAUCACCUUCUUCAAGCCAUUAACCCUAAUCGUUGGCCCCAACGGUGCUGGCAAGACCACAAUAAUUGAAUGCUUGAAGCUAUCAUGCACCGGGGAGUUUCCUCCGAACGCGAGGUCUGGCCACAGCUUCAUUCACGACCCCAAGGUUGCCGGAGAAACUGAAACGAAGGGACAGAUUAAGCUCCGAUUCAAGACAGCCGCGGGAAAAGACGUGGUUUGCAUAAGGUCCUUUCAGCUCACACAAAAGGCCUCCAAGAUGGAAUUCAAGGCUAUUGAGAGUGUCCUUCAAACUAUUAAUCCUCAUUCUGGCGAGAAAGUUUGCCUUAGCUAUAGAUGUGCUGACAUGGAUCGAGAGAUUCCCGCGCUCAUGGGUGUUUCGAAGGCCAUUUUGGAGAAUGUUAUAUUCGUUCAUCAAGAUGAAGCCAACUGGCCUCUGCAGGAUCCUUCCACCUUAAAGAAGAAAUUUGACGAUAUCUUUUCCGCUACUCGAUACACAAAGGCACUGGAGGUUAUAAAGAAACUUCACAAGGAUCAGAAUCACGAGAUAAAGACUUACAAGCUGAAACUGGAAAAUCUUCAAACUCUUAAAGAUGCUGCUUAUAAGCUUCGGGAAAGCAUUGCACAGGAUCAGGAGAAAACAGAAUCUCUAAAAUGUCAGGUCCAACAGUUGGAUGGAAGCAUUCAAGAUUUGGAUGCUAAAAUUCACGAUGCGGAGAGAACAUUGAAAGAUUUGCGGAAGCUGCAGGACCAGAUAUCAACUAAGACUGCUCAACGAAGCACUCUGUUUAAGGAACAACAGAAACAAUAUGCUGCUCUUGCUGAGGAGAAUGAAGACACUGAUGAAGAGUUGAUUGAAUGGAAGACCAAGUUUGAAGAAAGGAUUGCAAUUUUAGAAACAAAAAUAAGCAAGUUGGAAAGAGAGAUGGCUGACACUGACACUAAAAGUUCUUUCCUCAAACAGACCAUUGAUGAUUCCAUCUGGGAGAUUAGCAAGCUACAAAUUGAAGCAGAAGCUCACAUGUCUUUGAAGAUUGAACGUGAUUCCUCCAUUGAAAAUCUUUUUGCUGGGUAUAAUUUAGGGUCUCUUCCAAAGUCACCCUUCGGUGAUGAGGUUGCUUUAAACCUCACUAAUCGAAUAAAAUCAAGGUUGGUGAAUCUUGAAAAGGAUCUGCAAGAUAGAAAGAAAGCAAAUGACAAUGAACUCAAGAUUGCAUGGGAAUGCUACAUAAAAGCAUAUGACCGUUGGAAAAAUACUGAGGCUGAAAAACAAGCUAAGAUAGAGAUCAAGAGUGGCUUGUUAAAGAGCAUUAAAGAGAAGGAAAUGGAGCGUGAUUCAUUUGAACUUCAAAUUUCUAAUGUAAAUCUUUCUCGUAUAGAUGAAAGAGAAAGUAAUUUGCAAAUUGAGGUUGAGAGGAAGACAAACCAACUCGCUGAAAGAGAAUUUGAAAAAAAUAUACGUCAAAGGCAAAGUGAGCUAUAUAGUAUGGAACAAAAGAUUAAGGCUGUCAAUCGAGAGAAGGAUAUAAUGGCUUCUGAUUCAGAGGACAGAGUGAAGUUAUCUCUUAUGGAGGCAGAGUUGGAGAAUCAGAAGAAGAAACAUAGAAAGAUAAUUGAUGACCAGAAGGAUAAAAUAAGAAGGGCGCUAAAAGGGAGGGUUCCUCUUGAUAAGGAUGUGAAGAAGGAAAUUACGCAAGCAAUAAGGACUGUUGGAGCUGAAUUCGAUGACUUGAAUGUGAAGUACCGUGAAGCUGAGAAGGAAGUCAAUAUGUUGCAGAUGAAAAUACAAGAAGUUAACAGUAACCUAUCAAAGCACCACAAGGAUUUGGAAUCAAGAAAGAGAUUUAUUGAAUCCAAGCUUCAGUCUUUCGAUCAGCAAUGCUCUGGAAUUGACUCUUAUCUUAAAGUUUUGGAGUCUUCUAAGGAGAAAAGAGAUGUCCAGAAAAGCAAACAUAACAUUGCUGAUGGUAUGCGGCAAAUGUUUGAUCCUUUUGAAAGGGUUGCCAGAGCUCAUCAUGUAUGCCCGUGCUGUGAGCGCCCUUUCUCUGCAGAAGAAGAAGAUGAUUUUGUUAAGAAGCAACGAGUGAAGGCUGCUAGUUCAGCUGAACAUAUGAAAGUUCUUGCUGUGGAGUCCUCAAAUGCUGACUCUCAUUAUCAGCAGUUGGACAAGCUUCGUAUGGUUUAUGAAGAGUAUGUUAAACUUAGCAAGGAGACAAUCCCUAAUGCUGAAAAGGAACUCCAGCAACUCACGGAAGAGCUGGAUCACAAAUCUCAAGCGCUUGAUGAUGUUUUAGGUGUUUUAGCUCAAGUAAAGACUGACAAGGAUUUGGUUGAGGCAUUGGUGCAACCUAUUGAAACCGCUGAUCGACUUUUCCAAGAAACUCAAGCUUUGCAAAAGCAAGUUGAGGAUUUAGUAUACAAGCUUGAUUUUCGAGGACAAGCAGUGAGGACUAUGAAAGAAAUUGAAUUGGAGCUUAACGCAUUGCAGGGCACAAAGGACAAUUUGCAUUCUGGAUUGGAGAAGUUAAGGGAAGAACAGAGGUAUAUGGAGAAUGAUCUAUCAAAUAUUCAAAUGCGGUGGCAUACUCUAAGGGAGGAGAAAUUGAAAGCAGCUAAUACACUGCAGAAUGUUAAAAGGGUAGAAGAAGAAUUAGAACAUUUGACUGAAAAAAAGACCCAAGUUGAUCUUGAUGAAAAGCAUUUGGCAGAAGCUCUUGGACCUUUAUCCAAGGAAAAGGAUAAAUUACUUGCUGAUCAUAAUGAACUGAAAAUCAGACUUAACCGCCAGUAUGAAGACCUUGUUGAACAAAAGAGAAGUUAUCAGCAAGACGUCGAAGCACUCUUUAAAAUGACUUCUAAGAUUAAAGAGUACUCUGAUUUAAAGAAAGGAGAUAGGUUGAAGGAACUGCAGGAAAAGAAAUCUCUAUCAGAAUCUCAACUUCAAAGUUGUGAUACCAGGAAGCAGGAAAUUUUUGCUGAACUAAACAAAAGUAAAGAUUUGAUGCGAAAUCAAGAUCAAUUAAAAAGAAAUAUUGAGGACAACUUAAAUUACAGGAAAACAAAGGCUGAAGUAGAUGAGCUAGCAUGCGAAAUUGAAACACUGGAAGAAAAUAUAUUGAAGGUUGGUGGGGUUUACACAUUUGAAACUGAACUCCAGAAACUAUCACAGGAGAGGGAGAGGCUUCUUUCAGAGUUAAACAGGUGUCAUGGAACCAUGUCUGUUUACAAGAGCAAUAUUUCCAAAAAUAAGAUUGAUCUUAAGCAGCCUCAAUACAAGGACAUAGAUAACCGAUACUUUGACCAGCUUAUCCAGCUUAAGACAACUGAAAUGGCAAACAAGGAUCUGGACAGAUACUACAGUGCCCUUGAUAAAGCACUGAUGCGCUUCCACACAAUGAAAAUGGAAGAAAUCAACAAAAUUAUAAGGGAAUUGUGGCAACAAACUUAUAGAGGACAGGAUAUAGACUACAUUUGUAUUCAUUCAGAUUCCGAAGGUGCUGGGACCCGUUCCUAUAGUUACAAGGUUCUCAUGCAGACUGGUGAUGCAGAGUUAGAAAUGAGAGGAAGAUGCAGUGCGGGUCAGAAGGUCCUGGCGUCUCUUAUCAUACGAUUGGCUUUAGCUGAAACGUUUUGCCUCAAUUGUGGAAUACUAGCAUUGGAUGAACCAACCACAAAUCUGGAUGGACCAAAUGCCGAAAGUCUGGCUGCUGCUCUCCUAAGGAUCAUGGAGGACAGGAAAGGCCAGGAAAAUUUUCAGCUAAUUGUAAUUACUCAUGAUGAGCGUUUUGCUCAACUGAUUGGUCAGCGCCAGCAUGCGGAGAGAUAUUAUCGAGUCGCAAAAGAUGACCAUCAGCACAGCAUAAUCGAAUCCCAGGAGAUUUAUGACUGAAGGACGGACUUUAUCUAGUAAGUUACUUGUUGGACGAUUGGCGAAUCUGUUCUCUAAUACCAGAGCCCCAAAGGCAUAUGCCUCAAAUGAUUUAUGCUGUAUCUUAAUUAAACAUGCUGAAGAUGGGUGGUCCCAGUUAAUUAAAUGAUUUUAUCCCUUAAAUUAACUGAUAAGCUUCUCAUUUCAAGACUCAGAAUUAAAAUCUCUUAUC